UUCUUCCUCUUUUUGGUCCUCAUGUGUGUUACAGUCGUAGGGAACUUCUUGGUAAUCGCAACCUUUCUAAAAACUGAACGUCUUAGGACACCUACAUACUAUCUUCUUUCCAGUUUAGCUGCUGUAGACCUUUUAACUGGUUUGGUCGCAGUCCCGUUGGAAGUCUAUCGGAAAAAUGUAUUUUCUGAAAUAACGUGCCUUGAAAUGAACUCAAGGUAUUUCGCAGGAUUCAGCUUUGUUUGUGGCACCAUUAAUCUUUUUCAUAUUUUUAUGGUAACAAGUGAUCGAUAUAUCGCCGUUCAUAGACCCCUCCGAUACCAAACUAUCGUCACCACAAAGCGAGUCGCGUUUGGGAUACUCGCCAGUUGGUUGUUGACUACCGUUGGGGGUUUACUUAGCCAAGUCGGCAAAUUAGAAGAAGGUCCAACUGUCGUUACAGUCUACUGCUCUGGCACUACUUCCCAUUAUGCUCUCGUCUUUCACGAUCUUUGUGGGGAUCACUAA